UCCCCCAAAAUUCCAAACCGAAACCUCUCGACUCUUCUUCUCGAAGCUGCCCACCGCCUCCUCCCUCCAUUGACCUCGCCGGCGUCCAGCCGCCCGAAUCCGCCGCGCCCAUGCGUACGGAGGCCUACUAGUUCUCAUGGCUUCCGAGCGCCCGCUGCUCGACGCCUCGCCGCCGCCGGCGUCGUCGCUGCUCCCGCCCCCGCAGCCGGAGCCGCCCCUCCGCGCAGACGGCCUCGCGUUCUCCGUGGAGGUUCCAGACCCCUUCGUCCCCUCGUCCCGGCGGGAGCGGCAGCGGCAGCACGAGCCGUCGUCCGCGUCGCAGCGGGAGCUGGAGGAGGGGGAGUCGCGCGCGGUUGUCGUGGGGGAGCCCCCUUCCUCGGGGGCGGGAUUCGCCGGGAACGCCAUACGGACGGCGAAGUACUCGGUGCUGACGUUCCUGCCGCGGAACCUGUUCGAGCAGUUCCGGCGGCUGUCGUACGUGUACUUCCUCGCCAUCACCGUGCUCAACCAGCUCCCCCAGGUCGCCGUCUUCGGCCGCGGCGCGUCCGUGCUCCCGCUCGCGUUCGUGCUCUUCGUCACCGCCGUCAAGGACGCGUACGAGGACUUCCGCCGCCACCGCUCGGACCGCCAGGAGAACAACCGCCUCGCCAGGGUCCUCGCGCCGGGCACCGCAGGGGAGUUCCCGCCCAAGAAAUGGAAGCACAUCCGCGUCGGGGACGUCGUGCGCGUGGCCUCCAGCGAGACGCUGCCCGCCGACAUGGUGUUGCUCGCCACCAGCGAUCCCUCUGGCGUGGCGCACGUCCAGACCGUGAAUCUUGACGGCGAGACCAAUCUCAAGACGAGGUAUGCUAAGCAGGAGACGCAACUGAGGUUCUCCCAGAACAGCAGCGUCGGCGGUGUCCUUCAUUGUGAGCGGCCAAACAGGAACAUCUAUGGAUUUCAGGCAAAUUUGGAGAUAGAUGGCAAGCGUGUUUCGCUAGGACCGACCAACAUUGUGCUCCGUGGGUGUGAGCUCAAAAAUACCACAUGGGCAAUAGGGGUGGUUGUGUAUGCUGGAAAGGAGACUAAGGUCAUGCUUAAUAGCUCAGGGGCACCAUCGAAACGGAGCCGGUUGGAGACACAGUUGAACCGGGAGACAGUCAUAUUGUCCAUUAUGCUCAUUGGGAUGUGCACGACAGCAAGUGUGCUCGCAGGGAUUUGGAUACUGAAUCACCGGGGGGAUUUGGAGCUCACCCAAUUCUUUAGAGAAAAGGAUUACACAACAGGGAAGAACUACAAUUACUAUGGCAUGGGGAUGCAGAUAUUCAUCACAUUCCUCAUGGCGGUGAUAGUAUAUCAGGUCAUCAUUCCGAUCUCUUUGUAUAUAUCAAUGGAGUUGGUACGGCUUGGGCAGGCAUAUUUCAUGGGUGCUGACAAUGAUUUGUAUGAUGAGUCAUCAAGGUCAAAGUUCCAGUGCAGGGCCCUGAACAUAAACGAGGAUCUAGGACAGAUUAAGUAUGUCUUUUCUGAUAAGACAGGGACACUGACAGAGAACAAGAUGGAGUUCCAGUGUGCAUCAAUUCGGGGGGUUGAUUACAGUUCUGGCAAAGAUUCAUGUGGAUACUCAGUUGUAGUCGAUGAUCUCCUAUGGACACCCAAGAUGGCAGUCAAGACUGAUCCUCAACUUUUGAGCUUACUGAGGGGUGGUGGCACAGAUGAGGAAGCAAAGCUUGUCCUCGAAUUCUUCCUUGCUCUUUCUUUAUGUAAUACCAUUGUGCCACUUGUCCUAGAUACUCGUGACUCAAAGCAGAAGUUAAUCGAUUAUCAGGGUGAGUCCCCUGAUGAGCAGGCACUAGUGUAUGCCGCAGCAUCUUAUGGCAUUGUGCUUGUGGAGCGAACAUCUGGUUAUGUUGUGAUUGAUGUCCUUGGUCACAGACAGAGAUUUGAUAUAUUAGGACUUCAUGAAUUUGAUAGUGAUCGUAAGAGGAUGUCUGUCAUAGUUGGCUGCCCUGAUAAGACUGUUAAGCUAUAUGUGAAAGGUGCAGACAGUUCUUUGUUUGGAAUUACCAAAAAUUCACUAGAUCUGGACAUUAUUCGUGCUACAGAGGCACAUCUCCACAAAUAUUCAUCGCUUGGUCUACGAACUCUUCUUGUUGGUAUUCGUGAAUUGAGCCAACUGGAGUUUGAGGAGUGGCAAUUGGCAUAUGAGAAUGCUAGCACAGCAGUACUUGGAAGGGGAAAUUUACUCCGAUCAGUUGCAGCCAAUAUAGAGAACAAUAUUCGCAUAUUGGGGGCCACUGGUAUUGAAGAUAAGCUUCAAGAUGGGGUUCCAGAAGCAAUAGAAUCUCUUCGACAAGCAGACAUUAAGGUUUGGAUUUUAACAGGAGAUAAGCAGGAGACAGCAAUUUCUAUUGGCUACUCUUGUAAGUUGCUGACCAAUGACAUGACGCAAAUUGUGAUAAACAACAAUUCAAAGGAGUCUUGUAAGAGGAGUCUCGAGGAAGCACUGGCAAUGAUUAAGAAGCUCAGAAUCACUUCUUCAACUGGCACACUGAGUGUAGAAUUAGCAUCAGAAGCUUCUGGUGUAACUGUUGCGUUAAUUGUAGAUGGUAACAGCCUGGUUUACAUUCUUGAGACGGAGUUACAAGAAGAGCUUUUCAAAGUAGCAAGAGAAUGCAAUGUUGUCUUAUGUUGUCGAGUAGCCCCAUUACAAAAGGCAGGGAUAGUUGCACUUAUCAAAAACCGGACGGAUGAUAUGACCUUAGCAAUUGGUGAUGGUGCAAAUGAUGUUUCAAUGAUUCAAAUGGCUGAUGUUGGUGUUGGCAUUAGUGGCCAAGAAGGACGGCAAGCUGUCAUGGCAUCAGAUUUUGCGAUGGGGCAAUUCAGAUUCUUGGUUCCUCUUCUGUUAGUUCAUGGCCAUUGGAAUUAUCAAAGAAUGUCCUAUAUGAUCCUUUACAACUUUUACAAGAAUGCGACAUUUGUUUUGGUUCUUUUCUGGUAUGUACUCUACACAGCAUUUACUCUGACAACCGCUAUCACAGAAUGGAGCAGCCUUUUGUAUACUGUGCUAUAUACAUCCCUUCCGACAAUUGUUGUUGGUAUUCUCGACAAGGAUCUUAGUAAGGAAACACUGCUAGCUUAUCCAAAGUUAUAUGGAUCUGGCCAAAGGGAUGAGAAGUACAAUGUAAAUUUGUUUGUCCUCAAUAUGCUUGAAGCGCUAUGGCAGAGUCUGGUUAUUUUCUACAUGCCAUAUUUUGCAUACAGACAAAGCACAAUAGAUAUGUCUAGUCUGGGAGAUCUGUGGGCGCUUGCCCCUGUCAUUGUUGUAAAUAUGCUACUGGCCAUGGACAUCUUUCGGUGGAAUUGGAUUGUACAUGCUUUUGUGUGGGGAACGAUAGCAGCAACAACCAUUUGCCUCUUUGUGAUAGACUCCAUUUGGGUUCUUCCUGGAUAUGGGGCCAUAUUUCAUAUAAUGGGGACAGGUUUGUUUUGGUUACUGCUGCUUGUCAUUAUUGUUGCAGCAAUGGUACCACAUUUUGUAACCAAGGCCUUCACAGAGCAUUUUACCCCCAGUGAUAUUCAAAUUGCCCGAGAGAUAGAAAAAUUCGAGAAUGUAAAUCAGGUGAACCGUUCAGAAGUUUCAAUGACACGUCUUCAUGACCCAAGGAGAUAACUAUAUAGUGAUCACCUUUAUAGGAAUUUCUUUUUUUGGGGGUUCUUUUUCACCCUUUUGGUGUGUAUACGAGUAAAUUCAUUUAGCAUUAAGGCGAUAGGUUUAGCCUCCAAGAUGUAUGUAUGUAUGUAGGCAUGUAUUCAUCUAACAUUUACUGAAAAGGAAAUAUAAAUUGCUUGAUGUAUGCAAGUUAUCAUCCUUGUGUCGACCUACUUGUCUUCGUCUUUUCGUUUCCCAGUUUCAGUUUGUUCAUUCUAUGUCAUCUUACCUCCACAUAACAGUGAGUUUCACAU